GCUCUCUGAAGAGGAACCAUGGACGAAGUCAACAAAGUUUGUUUUGAUGCCUGUUUGAACAGGUCGCUGUGGUUUGUCCGCCUGCUCCUGCUCGCCGCUGUCCUGUCCUCAUCUUGUUGUACAGGAAAACCCUCAGCGAUUGUCGUACCAAAGAUCGUGGCCUUUGCAGGUGAAACUGUCCUCCUGCCCUGCAACAUCACCCCAAGUGGAGACGUCCCAACAGUGGAAUGGACUAAGGAGAGUUCACUUCCAGAUAUUGCCUUCCUGUACCGAGAUGGGUGUGAAACCUUUGAGAUGAAGAAUCCAGUGUUUCGGUACCGAACAAACCUCAUCAGGCACGAACUUCACAACGGAAACCUGUCAUUGGUGAUAUCCAACCUGCAGAUAAGCGACAGUGGAAAAUACCGGUGUGCGAUUAUCAGGAAGAAGAAAAAAGUAAUCACAACACUGGAGCUGUUUGUAGGUGCCGUUUCUGAGCCGAAACUCUCAGUUGUUCCUGGUGUUGGAGGUGGACUGACUCUGCAAUGUGAAGCUAAGUGCUGGUUCCCUGAGCCUAAGAUUACAUUUCUUGACAAUCAGGGAAAUGAGAUCAGUGCCGAAGACCCAAAGAGAGAUGAAGAGUCUUCACGAUGCUUCACGGUCAAAGGAAGAGUGUCCCUGCAGACUGCUACCAACAGGGUCACCUGCAGGGUCCACCAGCUGGAGAUACAUCAGACGAGGGACUCAGAGAUUUACCUGCCAGAUGGAUACCAGGGAUCCUUCACUGUAACCAUUGUAAUUACAGUUUUAACCACCUUAACAGCCACUGUCAUCUGUUCAUGUAUUGUGCAUUUAGUGAAGAAACACAGCUGCCCUGUGAGAAGACAAAAACGGAGUCUCGAUAAUCAUGGUACGAAUGAUGAAAGGCAGAGUCCGGUCAUCCAGACAAGGGACUGUACAAAUGACUCCAAAUCCUCAUCAAGCAUCUCAAAUCCCACGAUCCCGCCCUCUCCAAAGUCUCAUCACAACAACGACAACCCCAGACCAGAGGCCUUGACAACAUCUGUCAGCUCCUCACAGACCACAGAAGAAGAUUCAUCACAUCUGGACACCAGCGGCGAGAUGAAAAGAAACAGUGAUAACAGCAGUUCACUUCCAGUGUUGUCCAUUCCGCAUGAGCGUCUUCGCCGUUCGUCCACUCGUCGGUCUGUUAGAGGCAGUAUACGUGUUCAGCACAGAAACAUCAUCUCUGAAGACUCAGAGCCGCUGAUGGAGAUCGGUCCUGAAACUAAAUGAGGAACGUUUCAUAAUCAGACAAAUGAAACUGUCAGUUAGGUGGGAGUUGACCUCUAAGUAUAAACUGAUUUGUCAUUUAUUUCAGGACGCCAUCCAAGUGAGUUUCAUAGAACAGCAUUGCAUUUUAUAAACAUACCAACGUUUUAAAUACGUAUUUGAUAGUUUUUGUUUUGAAAUACAGUCAAAGUUGUCAUUUUAAUGUGCUGACCCAAUAUCUGCUUUUCUUGAUUAUCAUCGUAGGUAGUAAUACGGUUUUAUAAGAGAGGCACCUCAAUUCAAACUUUAUCCACAUUCAUUUUGUGUAAUAUAUUGGGAUAUGUAUUUAUUAGAGCUUUGCUGUAAUCUUUUUUGAGUUUUGUAAUUAUUGUAUUAUGUAAUAGUGCUGUUUUAACUUGCUGGUUACUGUUCUUGGAACAGCUGCAACCACACGAUUUGCAUUAUUUUCACCUGGAUUGCUGUGCAUGUGAGUAUGAAGCUGGCUGAGCUCCAGCCAAAGUAAAACUCCAACACGGACAGCAGUGACAGUGAAAACCACGUCAUGUAUCAUGUAACUGUUUGUGACAUUCUGAUAUAAACACACACACCUAUAAA